CGGGUGUGUCCCUGCCUGUGAAUGUUUGGGUGAGUGCAGGACCUGGAGGGGUCUGCAACUUUUCACAUAAUCACAAUGUGAGAGGGGAUUCAGAUUAGUGUGCGAAAGGGCUCAGCGGUAUCCCAGUUCCAGGUUUCACGGCGGGAAAUUUUGGCACAGCGAGCAGGAUGAAAUGCACAAUUUUGUUGUUCUGAGUGAGAUUUGCACUUCUUACACUGGUGUAGAGAUUUUAAGUGAGAUUUUAAGUGUGGUGGCUGGAGAUCAGUCAAAGAGGUUAUCUGUUUGUUAUUUUCUGUUUGCUUAUUUUGGGAAAAGGACACACAGACAGGAAAGCACCAAGAUGAGUGAAAACAGCAAAAUGAUUGUGAAAUCGGAGCUAUUCAGAUUUCAGGCAGUAGAAAAAGAACAUUGGAGAAUUUUGCAGCUAAACCCAGCAGAGGCUGCCAGAGAAGAGGAUGAACACACAAAGGCUAUGGAACCAAAACAACAAGAAACUGAGGAGAAAGAGAGAGCACGGAAUCACCAUUUGGACUUCCUAGAAAAGCAGAACCAGAACCUUCCCACUCCACUGAUUCCCAGCUCUCCAAAAAUCCUCAAAUGGGAACAGCUGUGUCCUGCAUACAAUGAGGCAGGGGAUAUUGCUGAAUACUUGACUACCUUUGAGAGGUUGCAUGUGGUUCAUAAGAUUCCUGAUGACCAGAAGAUGCCCACUAUAGUUGCUGAUUUAACUGGGGCUGCUAACAGGGAGUUUCGCAAGGGAGUUCUCCAGGUGAAGGAGGAGCUAAUACAGCAUCUGUGGGCGCAGCCCUUGGGCGAAUGUCAUGGCUGCAGGCAGCUACAAAGCUGCAGUUCUAUAGAACAAUGGGUCCCCCAGCUCCAGCGGAGCGAAGCAAAAUGUGGGGGACUGAGGAAGACUGAGGAACUCUGGGCUGAUGUUUUCAAUGCUCGUGGUCUCCAGCAGCUUCUCCGUAUCAAGAUCAGCAGCGAGGAUAUAUUGAACCUACAACUUCCCCCAUCAGCACUGUGUCAGUUUUGGCAGCUUUCUUGUUGGGAACACAUUGCUAGAGUGAAAGUUCAGCAAGUCCUGAAGUGGGCACACCGAGGAAUGCCACAAUAUAGCCAUUGAUCACCUGGGUGCCAAAAGCUUUGGUGGCACACUUGCUGAACAAGGAAAGUGAGAGGAACAUUUUCAGGGGGUCACAUAUUGUGUGUGUGAAGGGUAGCGGGAAAAACACUCUCUCAGUUGUUUUUGCUCUGUAGCUUGGCUUCCUUUUCUCCUGUGGUACAGACCAGAAAGUAGUCUUUUUCAGGACAUGGAUGUAUGUCCUUGAUAAAAUACAAAAUUAGAUCUCAGAGAGCUCUGGUUUGAUAAAUAUUUUGCAGUGACAAGCUGUACCCCAAAACAACACCUUGGUACCCCCAUAUUCACCACUUUUAUAUAGUUGCCACAAAUCUUGUACAGACUAUGUGAUGUGAGGUGUGAAUGGAAAAGCUGCGGUUUGCUGAAUAUGAUUAUCUUAUUUGUAUACAUGUCUCAUUUUUUUAUCUGAAGUUUUGAAUAUUGUCUCUGUACCUGUAUUUCAAAUGUGAUUGUUCCUGUAGUAACUUCCACAAGGUAGUUUACAUCCAGUCGAGCCAGCGCACUGUGAAUGGACUAUUCAAGUUGAUGGCCCAUCAGUGAGCACAAUGGGCCAUGGGAAAAGCUUAUCCCCACCUGAUGGACUUUCCUCUACAUGGUGUAGCCACGAUAUGGGUAAUGGCCCCUGCUAUGACUCACUGAAGCACGCAAGGGAAUGUGACCAGCUCAUGUGACACCGGACUCCAUCUUGUGCCUGUACUUUCCCACUAACUGCCCUGGGGGCUUUGUUUGUGACAAUGAAGUUCCCUGCACCGGGCAGAAGUUAUAAAAAUGGAAAGUGACAUCAUCACUUUGGCUCACUCCUCCCACAACUCAAAACACGGCUAGAGGGAAAAGCCGCCCCUUGAUUGGAAGAUUGGUGAACUAUUUCUACCAUCAAUGAGAUACUGCUUGAUUCACACCCUGUCUACUUUAUAGAACUCAGAUUGAGAUUUUGCUUUAUUUCUUAGGUAAUCUACUUUGAUCUGUACAU